AUGAUCUCUUCCUCUGUAGCAUUGUGGUAUGGUUAUGGUGCUAUUUCAAGUUCUUGGAGAUCUUAUAAGGGAAAGUUUUGGUUCUUAAUAGUGAAUCAUUUUAUCCUUAAACAGCUCAAAGGAAUGACGAAGAAUAGUAGCAAAAGCUUUGGGCAGGAGAGUACAAAUGAGUGGGAAAAGAGGAAUUGCCUAACGAUAUGCUAUCCAAUAAAUACGCUUAACGAGGAUCUUCUGAGCGAAGAGAAGGAUAAUCUUGCAGUUUCUUAG